GAAAAAUAGAUAUUUGUAUUAAAAUUCAUAUAUUUAUAUGAUAUUCGUCCUGUCCUUGUCAAAAUAUUAGAGGAUAUUGAAGUGUGUCAAAUGAGCGAUGUAGAUCUGAAAUAAUGCUGAGAGUAUUGUCCUGCUGUGUGAUUUUUAUUCCAACCAACAAAUGAGAAAAUAUACAUACAAUCGUAAAUAUAUUCAAACACUUGCGGUAAUGUAAAAAUAUACAAAGCCAACUACAGAAAAAGUAUACACGUACUGACAAAUUUUAUCUACACACACAAUCGAACAUAUAUUGAAAAUGAAAUAUUUUUAUGAAAAAAACAGACAUAUAUACACACACGUAUAAAUGAAUAUACAAAUGCAUAAAUAUGUAUCCAAAAGCGCUAAAAAAACUAAGACAAACCACAAACUAACGUACAAAUAUUCAAAUGAAUGUACUUACAUCCAAAUCAUAUAAACUUCAAACAACGCAUUUUCAUUUAAUGUUUUUAGCAAGUGGCAGCUUUUGUUAUGACAGCCUAAAUCCAUGAAAAUUUAAAAAGAAAUGUAGCGCCAUCUACUGUAACAUAGCGCACUUAGCGCCACCAACUGGUGGAUAGCUCUUUGCUAAUAAUAAACAAAUAAUUUGCAAUAAAUAAAUAAUGCGACUAUAAGGAGAGUUAUAAACUAUCCUAUCUUUCAAGUUGGACCAAACUGCACACAGUGUUAAAAAUUUCAUUAAAAUCGGUUCAGUAGUUUAGGAGUCCAUCGAAAACAAACAACGUGACACGUGAUUUUUAUAUAUUAAGAUUUUUAGAUGGAGGACAUAUUUGAGAUGUCAGAAGUUGCCUCAAACGCUGUCAUCAUGGAAGGUAAUAAAUUGUAUUAAAAUUUUAGGUAAAAAAGGUACACAUAUUUUAUUUGCAGAGACUGUAUAGAAAGGCGUUGUUUUUCGACUACUCGCGACCCAGGCAAUAUAUGAAAUGAAGUAUCCCCAAACAAUGAACAAGUUAUCGAGAGAUAUUAAAACAAUAAGGGAUACUGUUUUAAAAAUGGACUCCCGUCUAAAUUCAAUUGAAAAUGUCCUUGCGAAUAAGAUGCCCGAAAAAUCUGAGUUCCUGGCCCAGAGCAGAUUAUUACGGAAGUACAAAGUGCUCACGGCCAGAACCCAAAAGACCAUUGGGCGCAUCACCGGUGACAUAGAAGAUGAGGAGUAUUUAGUACUAUCUGCCAAACUCCCUAUGUCAUCGGAGGAAGCAUUAAGCUCUGUAGCAACCGUAAUACAGACGAGGUUCAGUGCAGAUGCUCUGAUGCGGCUUUUGGUUAAGGCAAAGGGGCAUAAAGGCAAUGUCGACGGAGUCUUGCGUUCAUUGUUUGGGGACACCCUAAUAAAUGGCUAUAAUUUAGAGGGAAGAAGGGAAAGCAGCCGCUGUUAAAAUUCAAAUGCAUUGAUCUUCUUUUUGGUAAGCUAUAUAAAAUUUUAUAUACAAAAUUCGUUAUAACAUUACUUACUAAUUUAUUUCAGAUGUAUUUUUCAGAUAUUCCAAAGGAGCAGAUGAUAAGGCAUUAUGUAGCCUUAAGCCAUAACAGAUUGAAGCAACAAAAAUACAAGUUAAAAAAAAUAGUUUUAAGUUGUAAAUAUUUUAGUUGUAAGAUGUACACAUUAGUCCUAAGUUGUAAAUACCUUAGAUUUGGUCCUUUAUUACUACACGUCUAGGCGACGUGAUAACCAAAAUCCAACUGAUGUUGAAUAGCUUAGCGUUAGUUAAUUUAUAGUAAGGUAACGGUGAUCGACAAGCAUCAGGUGAUGAUGCUGUUAAUAUGUUUACUUACAAUGUAUUGAUAUUAAUAUAAUAGUAAUUGCUUAAUUACUAUGUGUAAUAGAGAUAACAAUAGUGUUACUCUUCGGAUAACAAGG